ACAUCUACAGGAAGCGGUGCCUGAGGAAAGCGGGGAGGAUCAUCAAGGACUCCAGUCACCCCAGCCAUAAACUGUUCAGACUACUACCAUCAGGAAGGAGGUUCUGCAGCAUCAGGAGGUUCUGCAGUAUCUGGUCCUGUACCAGCAGACUGAGAGACAGCUUUUUCCACCAGGCCAUCAGACUGCUGAACAUGUCAUAGACACCUCACCCUCACUACUGGAACUUCAACAUUAUGCACUCCAUACUGUACAUUAAUGCCACUGUUUUGCACAUGUCAACUACCAACCUCUGUAUAUUUUAUAUAUCUUAUUUUAUUGUUUACUCUAUUUCAUUUGUAAAAUAUGUAUAUACACACACACACACACACACACACACACGUAGAAAAACAUAUUUAGUAUACACAUCCAGUAAUGCAUAUACUCUUAUAUAUUGUACAUAUAUUUAUUACUUCAGAUUUAGCCAUUCUUAUAUUUUGCUUGUUUUACGUUAUUGUAUUUUUGCACAACUCUGUUGCUUGUGAAGCUCGCACACAAGAAUUUCACUCUCAUGUACUGUACCAGUGUACCUGCACAUGUGAUGUGACAAUAAAAGUGAUUUGAUUUGACUGUGUGCAGGUGUAGAAAAGAAGCAGUAAUGGAAGAUGCGCCCCACGGCAGUGCUGCUUUCUGGGCGACUGUCCACCCACAGCUCUGUGCUUCUCCUCAUUUUCACAGGUUUCUGUAGUUUGAUGUCAUAACCAAGGAUUUCAUCUUUUCAUUCUGUCCCUCUACAGCUGUUUACUGUUACACACAAAUCAUGAAAGCAGCCCACUGACAACCCGUCACGUACUACAGCUCGUGUCACUGCCCCCUGAUAUCAGCAUCACCCGUGACCCAUGGUUUCCACUCCACGGUGCUUCUCGUGCUGUUGUGAACACUGGUCCGUGACUGCAGCGUGGGUUGGCUGUGUGCUCUCGUGCAGCAGCGCGGGGAGUCCUCUCAGCUCUGGCUGUGGUGAGCGCUCAGAGGCAGUACCGCUCCUGACCGCAGGGGGCGCUGUGCGCUGAUCGCCGGGGUUCCUUCUGGAAAAGCUCCGUCGACGUUAAAGCUUCCGAAGAGCGUCCAUCCUGUGAGCCGAGGUGCAGGUGGUGGUCCCGGGUUAUGCAUGUCAGAUAGCGGCAGUAACAACGCGCAGGCUCCGUCUUCUGUGAGAGGGCCGAAGGUCUGAAGAUGUCUGCCGCCGUGGACUUCCACUCUCAGAUCGCCUCCAUCAUGGAGGUGCUGGCUAACGCGGCCGUGGCGGAAAUCUGUAAAGUUGUGGACGAUGGAUACGCGGUGGUUCACCUGGAGAUGUCCCGGAGCCAGAAGGAGAACGAGUUCCUGAGGAGGAAAAUCAAGCUGCUGGAGCUGCAGAUCGCCCGGUACCGAGCGGAGAGGGUGAGGGGGGCAGAGGGCUCCAUCAGCAGCCGCUUUCCCGGGGUUCGCCUCUUCAGCCGGCAGAGCAGGGACUCACAGGCAGGCCCCCCUCUGCAGGGCAGGACCAGGUUUCUGAACCGAGGGCCAGGAGCUCAUCAGUCUGUGCAGAAGAUCCAGCUCGUCAGUCUGGACCAGGAUCCUGAUCAGGAGGUUGUGACCACCACCAAAGCCGAGUCAGCAGAACCUGAGGGGGAGGGCGAGCUGCUGAUCGUCAAGGUGGAGGGAGCAGUGGACGCUGGGUCUGUUAACCACAAGCUGCCGAGACGAGAUGCUGGCUCCACCACUGCUACGUCACUCGGCGUCAGCGACGGCCAGACAUCCAGACACCUGAGGGAAAAAGAGGUCAGUGGAUCCAACGUCGUCGGCUUUGUUGACGGUGGGACGGCUGAGAUUGAGGGCGGCGACACUCUUCACAGUUCCCAGCCGCAGCAGACCGGAGCAGGGGACCGUCGGCCUUCGAGUAAAGGUGCUGACACCGGGCUGGGUACAGCUUCCUGUGAGGAUAAUAGCAAAGAUAACCAGGCGGCAUUGGAGCCCUCCGAGUGCCCGCUGCCAGAAGUGAUCGUCAUUGAUAGGGGAGGGGCAUCGGACAAGGAGACCGCAGGGGAGGGGGGUGACUUGUCAGAUGCAGUCCAGACAACCAGAGAACAGAUCAGAGGACGAGACAGACACAAGGACGCGAUAUCACCCCAGACUCGGUCCUCGGGUCUGUGCUCAGCCGGAGACGGGUCUGUUCUUCCUCACGAUGACCCUCCAGGAACCUCCAGCAUCAACUCCUCCAGUGACACGCACCUCCUGACUUUACACCACCCUGCGGUCCAACACAAAGCCCUCCCUCUGUCCUUCUACCAGGCCGUCACAAUGGAGCGUCCGUACGGCUGCACCAUCUGCACCAAACGCUUCUUCAUGGAGUCGGACCUGCAGAAGCACAUGGCCAGGCACACCAGGGAGAAACCCUACACCUGCCUACUGUGUGGCAAAAGCUUUGUGUGUCAGAGCCAGCUGGAUAUCCACCGCAACGUGCACACCGGGGAGAGACCUUUCAGCUGCUCCGUCUGCAACCGGCGCUUCUCCCACCCCAGCAACCUCAAGAGGCAUCAGAAGAUCCAGCACUGAACCCAAAGACGAACUCUCCACAGCCCGCUGCACCGCAGCUUGUCCUCCAGAGGCAGUCUUAUACACUACUAACUUUCCUCAGCCUUAACUUCAUCAGAAACAGAACCGGAUGGUGGGAAUGCUUAAACCAGAAUAUUAUCACAUGAGCUGCUGUCACGUCACCCACACAGUCAUCUGAACCUGUGUGUACGCACCUGCAGCACACAAAGGGCCAAACGCUGCUAUUGAUGAGGGACAGGAUGCAGUAUGUGAGUGGGCUGUGUAAGGAUGAGCCGCUGUAUGGAACUGCAGUCCACACACACACACACACACACACACACAGGUGUUUCUAUGGAAGUAUCCAAUCAGACCAUGAACACUGUGAAUGAGCUUGUAGGUAACUCCUGAACUGUGAGCAGCAUGAAUCAGCUGCACAUGGCAUCAACACCUCUGAUCUUUCCAUAGUAGACGAGAUGCUGACACAUCAUCAUCAUCAUUUAGUCCUUCAUGAGCUCCUUGCAGACGGCGCCGUACAUCAGAAAUGAUGUCACAACUGUUGGUGUGUGGUGCACUUGUUGCCGUUAGUUUGCUGCUCCUCUGUCUUUUGUAACCUGCUUCCUGUGUGUGUGUAUUUACAUGAAACGUAAGUCGCCUAAUCAGUUUACCACAAAUGUUCUACAAAAAAGCACCGAAUCAACAUGAGCGUCAGCUGGGGACGGGCACAGAUUUAGUGAUUAACUCCAUCACUGAGAGCUCCUGUAUGUUCUCACUGCCUCUGCUUUGAGAGGCUCCACCAUCUCUAAGCAGCACAUCAGAGACGUUACAUCAUGCAGAUUCAUUGCACGCUGUCUGGUCAAAUGUUUGUCAUGCUGGAGGUGUUUCAGUGUCCCACACACCAACACAAAUCCCAGUGAGGACACACACAUGUGAUGUUUGUCUUAGUGUUUAGGUCUGAGCACAGAGAAAGCCAUCGUCUCAGGUAGAAACGGAGCCUGACUGCUCGUCACUUUGUUACCUGAUGAAGGCUCUGACUGCUGGUCUGGGGUCAGCACACGCUCUGCUGUAGCAUCACUCUGGGCUCUUAGCGUUAGCAUGCUGUCUGUGUCUGAUUCCCAGCCGUAGUGUUGGCUGUCUGCAUCAUGCUGACGCUCAGACACAGGAUACUGGCAGUGACGGCUCUCAUCAUCCUGGUGCCUCUGCACUGAUGAAAGAACUUUUCUGUGCCCAUAAAAACACGACCACGUCUGAUAACCAGGUCAGUUUCAGAUCCAGCAAUCAACCAAGAACCAUCAUACCUGCUGCUGAGCUGAGCACCUGUAUGGACAUCAGACUGACUGAAUCCAGACACAUUAAGUGUACAAAGUCACAGCUGCUGUCUUUAGCAGCAGAGGCUAACUUGCUAACCCAGCUGGUUUUUCCAGCAGUGGGGAAAAGAUUUAAACCUCCCCCACCUUUAAAUCUAUCAUCACAACUCAUGGCUGUCCUGGUGAGCUUUGUCCUCAUUAAUCUGCAGCGUUGACUUUAAUAUCGUACAGAUUAAUAGGAGCUCAUGACACGCCCCCCUGUCUGUAACGGGCUGUGUGAGUUGAUGGCUGCAAAGAAGCUUUCGUUUGGUUUCCUUUAUUUCCUUCAUUCAUUUGGGACAUGAGCCAAAGUCAUGACAUCAUCACAAACAUCUUCCUGUUAGCGUACAAACUUCACCUUUGAAAUGAAUUCAUGAAAUCUGAGCUAUGAGUUCAACAAAGAAGAGAGAAACAUUGUCACUGCUUUGUACUCGUGAAUAUAGUGACAUGUAAAUUUGCUAAUAAAUUGUAUUUUCAAACACUUGUAUUUUGUCGUUUCCUGUGUCGUACGCUCUGGACGCGGUGGAAGCGGUCCUCGGCCGAGCUCACGCUCACUGUUGGCACCAGAGCGGUGCAUUAGUGCUGGUGUAGCUUGGAUGGGUUGUUUUAAGCUGGCCUGUAAGCAAAAUAGAUGCACAGAUUCCUCCAGCUACAAAAACGAGACUUAGUGGAGAAAAACCAAAAGCUCCUCCAUGCUGCCUCUUCACUACUCCAGGGCUGUGGAGGAAAGUACACCUCCACAGACUCCCUCCUCUUUCCAGGGUCAGGGGAGUCUGAAUAACACGAGCAGCUCUCAGAUCCCGGAGGAAGACGUGGAUCAAGUCCAAGGUAUCAUCUGUUUCUCACUUACAUUGUUUCACGUGCUGCCAACCCCACGAAGGCUGUUCACCGACUAACCAUCAGCCCUGGUCACUGCACAGACAAACAGAGAAGCCGGUGGGAGCGCGAUGUCUGUAAACCAAUAUGUGAAGAAUUCAUUACAUUACAAACGAUUGUGGUAAAAACCCGAGUCAGGAAACACAGAUCCCAGAGACAUGAGGUGAUGGUACCUUCAUCAUUAGUAGCAGCAGCAGCAGCACGGCGUGUGGGACUGAGCAGGAGAGAGUAUCAUCCAGUGCCACAGUGGCUGAGCUCUAACACACUCAAGACUAACAUACAUACACCCAGAAUAAUGUGUAUUCUUCAUCAAAUGCUCAUAGACUCUCAGCUGUAGGCAAAAACUCCACACUUGAUUUCAGUCUUGUUGCCUGUGUGAGAACUCGGAUGCAGUUUGGGUGAACAUGCACGCUGCUGUGGAACAUCCUUUUAUGGAUUUUGGUUCAUAUUCUGUCUGAAUGAAACUAUCAUAAAACCUAGACACUGUUUGAGUGUUGGGAAGUGAACUUACAGAUUCAGCCGUUGUACCAGCGCACUGGUACAACUGGUACAACUGGUACAACUGGUACAAAUGUAGGACUGAGACUAAAAAAGUAUCCAGAUCAGUUAAAAAAGCACUUUGGCGUUUCACUGAAGGUGAAAAGGAGAAACUUGUCAGG